AUGCAUAUUCGUGACCCCAAGACAACAGCACUUAUCUUCGCCUCGGGCAAGAUGGUCAUCAUGGGUGUGAAGAGCGAAGACGACUCGUGCCUGGCAUCACACAAGUAUGCGUGUAUUUUUGCCAAGUUCAAGAUUCAAAACAUUGUCGGAAGUUGUGAUGUGAAGUUCCCCAUUCACUUGGAGGGUCUUGCAUAUAGCCAUGGGCAGUUCAGCAGUUACAAACCUGAGUUGUUCCCUGGUCUCAUCUAUCGCAUGCUCAAGCCAAAGGUCAUGUUAUUGAUCUUUGUGUCGGGAAAGAUAGUGUUAACGGGUGCAAAGGUCAGGGAAGAUAUAUACACUGCAUUCAACACCAUCUAUAUGGUGUUGUGUGAGUUCAGGAAACCCUGA